AAUUCCCGUGACACCACCCGGAAGUGACGCGGACGUCAAUAAGAAGCAGACACAGGCAACAGUGUGUAACGCAGCACAGUUCAUCCCUCUUUUAAUCUUUUAAAACAAAAAUACAACAUGUCUUCGGAUUUUGAAGCGUACGAGCAGGACUUUGGCACCCUCACCGCGGAAAUAACCAACAAAAUUGGAAGAAUACCCAAACUAGCCGGUGAGGAGAAGACACAGCUGGUUCUAAAUGUCGACAAACAGCUUGAAGAAGUCAGAGAGUUGCUCGAACAGAUGGACCUGGAGGUUCGAGAGAUCCCUAUUCAGAGCCGAGGCAUGUACAACAGCCGUCUGAAGAGCUACAAGCAAGAGAUGGAGAAACUUGAGAAAGAUUUUAAAAGGUCACGUAUUGCCUACAGUGAUGAGGUGCGGAACGAGCUCCUGGGGGAUGAUGGGAGCUCCUCGGAGAGUCAGAGAGCACAUCUGUUGGACAACACAGAGAGGCUGGAAAGGUCAUCUCGGAGGCUGGAAGCUGGCUACCAGAUAGCGGUGGAAACCGAGCAAGUGGGACAGGAGAUCCUCACCAACCUGCACAGUGACCGUGAGAAGAUCCAGAGAUCCCGCGAUCGGCUGAGAGAGACGGACGCUAACUUGGGCAAGAGCUCUCGGAUCCUGACCGGCAUGCUGAGAAGGAUCAUUCAGAAUCGUGUCCUGGUCUUCAUCCUGGGCGCCAUCAUCCUCCUCACCGUCGUCUUGGCCAUCUAUUUCAAUUUGCGAGGGCACUGAUCUCCACUGACUGGCCUUAUGCGUGCAUGUGUGAGUGUGUACGAGCGUGUGUGUAAGAUUAAUAGUGACAAAAGUGUUGGGCUGGAGUAAUUAGGACAAAUUGUUCACAUGAAUCAUUCCUGGUGGGCAGUGACAGGUGGCCUCUCCUCGCUGCUCUCGAGCGGAGCGGGACCAUUCUCACCCUCUCUCCCCUUAUAUUUAUGCUGCGUCCAUUACUUUUAAAACUUACCGACCCAUAGA